AUGGCCAUGUCGCUUACGUGGGCGCGCCACGUGCUCGGCCCUGGCCCCGACAUUCACCGAUGCCACCCGCCAGUCACCGUCACCAGCCAACCGCUGCACGACGACGACGACGACAAUGACAACAACGACAAUAAGAGAAUCCCAUACACAGCAGAGGCGCCACGGUCGCUGCAGCUGUACCCCGCACUCGCAGCCAGCACCAGCGAGGGCUGUUAUCAGACUGAUGGGUUGCAGCGGCGGGCUAUGGCUGUACCACGACUACAGGACACGUUCGGCUCGCGACGCGCAAGGGCGGUGACGGAAUGGGGAGCGCUGCAUCCGUAG